AAUCCCUAUCAAAGAAGCAAAAGUUGCAAAAAAUUCUUGUGUGAAUUGCAUUUUAGUGCCGUAUCUCUCGAAGAAAUCCCGAAAUAAGUAUUGAAGUAUUUAUGCACAAAACAACCCAACUCUCGAUCAAGACUUCAAAAGGAGUUGCUGGAUUUUCUGUCACUCUUUCAAGAAGAACAGAUUUAAAAGCAACACGAAUUGCCAACCUAUUAUAUGAUAAGUAGAUUUUGUUCGCUGCAGGCAGAGCAUACUUCAAUCCGCCAAACAGAAGGUGCUAGAAUUUUAGGGAUUAUAGCGAAAUGUUAAAUGUUUUAUGCAUAACGCUCAACACUGGAAAAGAGCGGAAAUAUACGUGGAGUAAAUGGAGGAUUCAAAUGGAAAAACCAUCGCCUCUAUAUAUACGCAACUGUUGCAAGACUGCAUCAGUUCAAAAUCUUUAUCAAAAGGUAAGAUAAUUCAUGCCCACAUGAUCAGAACUGGAUUCAGAGCCGGCAUAUUUUUAAAUAACCGGUUAAUCGACAUGUAUUCGAAAUGCAUGAGCGUUGUGGAUGCACAGCUAGUGUUUGAGAAAAUGAAUUUUCGAGACGUUUCUUCGUGGAACAAUCUUAUUGCAGGCUAUGUGAAGAAUGGGAGUAUUGAGGAUGCACGCCAACUGUUUGACAAAAUGCCGGAAAAAGACGGGGUUUCGUGGAAUGCAAUUAUUGCAGGGUAUACUCAACAUGGUUAUGAAAAGGAGGCGCUUACGCUAUUUGGGAAAAUGCGAGGUGAAAGCGUGAAGCCGAGCGAGUUCACCUUUGGCAGCAUUCUUCAGGCCUGUGCUAGCUUACAAGUUGUUGAACAGGGUAGGCAGAUUCAUACCCAUGCCGUCAAAUUCGGAUUUCAGGGCGAAGUCUUUACGGCUAGUUCUGUUGUUGACAUGUACUCUAAGUGCAAGAGAACAGGAGAUGCACGCCAAAUGUUUGACAAAAUGCCCGAACGAAAUCUGGUUUCGUGGAAUGCAAUGAUUUCAGGAUAUUCCCAGAAUGGUUGCAGUGGAGAAACUUUAAAGUUGUUUAGGCAAAUGUAUUGUGCAGAGAUGAAACCCGAUCGUUCUACCUUUGCCUGUGUACUCAGUGCAUGUGCUUGUCUAAGUGCACUAGAACUUGGGAAGCAGGUACACGAUUACAUUUGUAAAUUUGGGCUUGAGAAUAAUGUGUUUGUGAGUAGUGCCCUUGUUGACAUUUAUGCAAAAUGUGGGAGUGUAGAAGAUGCACGGCAAGUGUUUGACAAAAUGACUACGCGAAGUACGGUAUCGUGGAGUUCAAUGAUCUUAGGCUAUGCCCAAAAUGGGCGUGCAAAAGAUUCAAUUCAAAUCUUUGAAAAAAUGCUUAGGACAGGCACAAAACCAGACCAAGUAACAUUUAUUGGUGUAUUAACUGCGUGUAGUCAUGCAGGCCUUAUUGAGGAAGGCCGCUAUUACUUUAAUUCUAUGUCUAAAGAUCACAAUAUUGCACUAGAUUUGGAGCACUAUGCUUGUAUGGUUGAUCUUUUUGGCCGAGCUGGCUAUCUGGAUGAGGCAGAAGUCUUUAUCAAUAACAUGCCAUUUGAACCUGAUGCAGCUAUAUGGGGUGCAUUGCUGGGUGCCUGCAGGAUCCAUGGAAAUCUGAAAAUAGGUGAAAGGGCAGCAAAUUACCUUUUUGAGUUGGAACCAAGGAAUGCAGGACCUUAUAUACUUCUAUCUCAUAUGUAUGCAGAAACUGAAUGUUGGGACAAUGUUGCAAAAAUGAGAAAAUUGAUGAAGGAGAGAAGAGUAAAAAAGGAACCAGGAUGCAGUUGGACUGAGGUCCAAAAUAGAGUUCAUUCAUUUAUGGCAGAUGAUCUAUCACAUCCACAGGCAAAUGAGAUAUAUCAGACAUUGGAGAGACUGAUUGGUCAGAUGGAGGUUCUAGGAUAUGUGUCUCCCAAAAACACUGUGCUGAAAGGUGAUGACAAUGAGCAUGAAUGGAAACAUAUCUACCACAGUGAGAAGCUAGCCAUUGCUUUUGCGCUUAAAAAUACACCUCCCGGGACACCUAUUCGAAUUGUGAAGAAUCUUAGAGUGUGUGAUGACUGCCAUAUUGUUACAAAGUUCAUUUCCCAAACUGUGGGACGCGAAAUUGUAUUAAGGGAUGUCAGUCGAUUUCAUCAUUUUAAAAACGGAAUGUGUUCUUGUGGGGAUUACUGGUAGUGGUGUCAAAGAAUAAUAUGCAGUAAAGUGACUCCAAUAAAGCAAAACAUUAGUAAAACAUGAAUCACAGUAGAUACUUGGUGAAGAGUUCUCAUUCUAUAUGACAUUUUCUUUCAAUUAUCAAACAUAGACAUCAACUGUGUAUAUUUGAUGAGCUAAUCUUUGCUGUAUACAACUGUAACAUUAAAUGAAAAUGGUACAGAUUGAAACAAUAUGGACUACUCCUUAUUUAUGCUGUACUAGGCAUGUAUUUUCAGAGUGCUAUUUUCAUUUUACUUCUUGAGCGAAUUGUUACAUAGCGUAUGAUGAGUAACUGGAAUAACCUUCAAUUUUCUUAUUGUCAUGUUAGUCUGCAACCUGUCUCUUUCACAAGUAUUGCUCAUCCAUGAUUGAAGACUUUCUUGUUGUUCUGCAAUGAAUCAGUGCUCCCCGAGGACGCGUAGGCAUUUUCUUAAAAAUGGACAGCCCAGGGGCGUGGGGAUAGGGACAGAAAGUCCCUCAUCCACCUGUUCCAGAUUUAUUUUAAAAAAGUGAGUCCUAUGAACACCCCCUCUGCAAGGGGAACGUCCCCUGAGCACAUGCCGCAUUUGAGUACACAGAGGGAGUGCCAAGCCAUUCUCCACAUAUUCACAGAUUAAAUUGAUUUCUUUUGGUGAAGUGGCCCUGUUUUAUAGUGAUUAUUUCUCCCCAAAAUCUAUUCCGUUGAUGAAAACCGCUAGUUAUAAUGAUUUUUUUAUAAACAUGCUGACCACUAUCUUUUCAAUGUAGUUGAUGACUGAGUGAGUAGCAUUAGGCGAAUUGGUAUUUUCUUAUUUAACAUUUUGCCUUUCGAGAACUGAAAGGCCACUUUGUAAAGGAAAUAGGGGUUGUGAAGGAAAUCAGAAUGAUAUAUGUUGAAAACCUAUGCACGAUGACGAAGAACCAGUCGGGCAAACUUAAGUGUUAACUGUUUACAUCGCUUAUGUUUUCUUCAUUAAAAUGUUUCUUAUCCUUCCGCCAUGGACGAUAAUUUGCAUAUGAGCUUCUGGUUCUUCUUCCAUUGACCUUCUCAUUUAGUGCAAAAGCAAUGUUGGCUUCAAAAAUGGGGAAAACAAUGUAGUUAAUGGGUUCUAUUGUUCUCAUAAAAUAAAUAAAGAGAAACGGGGUAACAUUCCUAUC